UUGCGCCGUUGGUGUCGCGCGCGCCUGUCAGCUCGCCGGAAGUAGACAAGCGGGUGCCGCUCGUUGCUAGGCACUGAGAGAUGCUGCAGCCGGUGGGCGCUCGGGAUGAGGAUGACGAUGACCCCGCGGCGGAUACCGGGAGGCCGGAGUCGGCGGGUCUGUUGCUGCAGGGCGAGAAGGAACCCGGUAGCGAGCCGCAGUACGGCCAGUACCAGGCGGAGGCCGACCCCAAUGUCCUCUUUUACACCAUCAUGGCGGCCGAGCCCGAGGACGAGAACAGCGACCUGCUGGACACCUCGGACCCCCGGGACAGCACGGCCAGCCCGGAGGAACUGGAGGACGACGAUAACUCGGGGGACAACGAGAGCGUGGUGACCAAGACCUGCACCUACCAGGGCUGCCAGGAGACCACCAGCCAGGUGGCCAAACAGAGGAAGCCAUGGAUGUGCAAGAAGCACCGCAACAAGAUGUACAAAGACAAAUACAAAAACAAGAAGAAGAGCGACCAGGCCAUGACCUGCACCAGCAAGAUAGAGGAUAAUGCAGAGUGCACUAUCUCUCUUACCAAACAAAGAACUGGUUCUGUUGGGGAUCGUCCUCCACGGCCCUCUUUACUAGAGCAAGUCUUAAACCAAAAGAGACUGUCUCUGUUACGAAGCCCUGAAGUUGUCCAGUUUCUUCAGACUCAGCAGCAACUCCUCAGUCGUCAAGCUUUGGAACAGAGACAGUCAUUUCAAGGAGCUUCUCCCUGAUUGGUUUUACCUUAAUGAUACACUGAACUGACUACAAUAUACAUCAGCAUGGCGUAAUGUAGAUCUUCAGCUGUUUCAGAACUAUAACCUUCAUGUUGCUUCCCAAAUUAUAAUUCUGGCAAAUCAUAAUUUGAGUUGAACUUCUGCAACUGGGGAUAUAUACUGCCUGAUCUACAUGGAGAAAGUAUAUUGUUUAUUGCUUUUAUUUUCCUUUACAUGAGCUCCCUAACUAGACUGGAUACUAUUUUGCUCUGAUUAGUAGGUUUUGUGAGCCUUUAAUUUGUUAUUGAGCGGAGUCAGCACAUAAUACCAAUGAACAAGGCAGUCUUUUUUUGCCAUCAGAGCCUUUUGCACUCUGAUUGUCAGAUGUGUAGGCUCAGCUCAUUUUAUAAGAU